GAGGUUUUAGGGGUAGUUUGCUAUAAAAAUUGUAUUGCACGGAGGGUUUUUGCUAAUAUUAAUAACAAUAGAUUUUCUUUAACAAUUAUAAUAAAUGCAGAGGCGUCGAAUGCAAUAUAAAACCCUAACGAUUUUCAUACAAGUGUAUUUACGAUAUCGACUAUUUAGACAAAUUUUGCUCGUCCGGGCAUGCAGGUGACCAUGAUCCUGCAAGAAGUGUUGAGGUUAUACCCGCCGUUUCCUAGGAUACCCCGAGCCACUACCGAGACGGUGAAACUAGGGAACAUGAUUAUUCCUGCAGGGGUACAUUUGUCAUUGCUAGUGGGCUUAACGCAUUGCGAUCCCAAUAUUUGGGGCGACGAUUCAAAGGAGUUCAAUCCAUUGAGGUUUUCUCAAGGAGUAGUUUCCGAUGACGUGGCGAAAAUCCAAUCCUCGUUGAUCUCUUUCAGUUCAGGCCCUCGAGUUUGUAUCGGCCAGAAUUUCGCGAUGAUCGAAGCGAAAACGGCUAUAGCAAUGAUUCUUCGAAGCUUCUCUUUUGAGCUUUCUCCGUCUUAUUUACAUGCCCCUUUCGCGGUUCUCACUCUUCAACCACAGUACGGUGCUCCGAUCAUUUUGCGCAGUCUGCAAUCAUUGCCUGGAUCCUAAACAAUUGUAUACACCACAUACACACACACAUAUGUAUAUAAUGCAAUAAAUUGUGUAGUUGUAUUUCGUUUUCAACCAAAUUUAAGAUUUGUACUGUUGGAUCAUGUUAGUUUAAUUUGUAAAACCUCCCCUUGCACUAACACUUAGUGGGCCACAUAUAUCCGCGUGGAUCAAAUUCUGGAGACCUUCAGUACGUUCCAUUUGCCCCUUAAAGGUCAGUUUGGUCAUUUUCUCUUUAAGAUAUGAUUUACAUGUUUAUAGUGAGUUCACGUCAUCCAAAGUGAAUAAUUCCUCAUGAACAAACUCGUUCAUCAUUCUUAAAGAAAUAUGACCUAAUCGGGCAUGCCAAAGUUGUGUGAGGUUUUGACUUGUAUCUUUUUGUUUUGCUGAUAUAACAUUUUGCCUGAACCUAGUUCUUACAAGUUGUUUAAUAGUUGUCACUUACAAAUAACAUUUUCAUCCUUUUGUAUAAUGCAAACCGGUUUUUCAAAAACGAAAGUAAAACCUUCUUUGUGAGUAGUAUGAAUAAAAAUAAGGUUUCUAAUAAGAGACAUAACAAAUAAGUAAUUGUUAAAAACAAUAGUAAAACGAGAAUCGCAAAUAUUUAAAUAAACUGUUCUUAUUGCUUCAACAACAACCUUUGCUUCAUUUCUCAUUCUUAAGUAAGUCUCACUCACCUUUAGUCUUAUUUUAUACCCCCAAAAUUCACAAGCAACAAAUAAUACGGGUAAACAACAUAAAACCCCCCUGUGUUAAGAAAACCUGCACCAAACCCUCCUGUGUUUUUUUCCUUGCGUAAAAUCCCCUUGUGUUUUAUUUUACUUUGCACGAAAUCCCCUUUCCGUUAAAAGUUAACACCGUUAGCUAUAAAUGGGGUUUUAUGCAAGUUUUUUGUAACAUAGGGGGAUUUGGUGCAUGAUUUUGCAAAAUAAGGGGGGUCUACGCAAAUUAAUUUAUUCAUUUAAAAUUCAAAUUAUUUUCUUAAAUUAAGUCGAAUAUAUCUAUUAAUUUAAAAUAUGAAAUUAAGAAAAUAAUACUCGAGAUGGAAGUUGGAACAAAUUCACAAAUUAUUUAUGUUCUUUUCGCAUAUAAUUAAUCAAGAAUAAAUUAUAAACAU